AUGACGCCUGGUGCCCCUCCACGCUCGGCUGAGAUACGGAUGCAAGAGGCAUGGAUGCCUUCAACCUCGCAGGCGGCAGCAUACUCUAUUUCUCCUACGGUCGGUCACUGCUGCAAUUUCCAGAUCUUGCCUCGCCUCGCCUCGCCUCGGCCUCCUGUCCCGUACGCAAUGGAGCCGGCGGCCGCAUGCGCCGUUCGGCAACAAGGGCCUCGAAAUGAACUACCCCCGGAACCUCCCAUCUUCCUUGCCUCUGGCGAGCCCGGCCGUGGACGGAUGCCAGUCAGUCAAUGUCCGCUCCUGGCUGACCCAUUAUCCGUAUACGAGUACUACCUACUACGCCGUACGACGAUACUCCUCCGGUCCUUGACCAUCGUGCAACAAGCUACAGAUACAAUCAAGAGUAUCCAUAUUCUGUCCGCUUACGACUUAAUCAUGUCAUCUUCACCAGGGCCAACCGCCGCCGCCGCCGCCGCCUUCGUUCAAGCCGCAGCUUCCGUCAGAAAGAAUACCUUGCUCUUCCCAAUGCUUGACAAUCUACAAAGUAUCCCGUUUCUGCCUCGUCGCAACGGGGCCGUUGAGCGCCAGCUUGAAAACAGCACGGGCGUGUGUCAACAAAGUACCUUGCUAUGCCUCUUGGGAGCUACUGUGCCUACUUUGGAUGAUUACGCCCUCCGACGCUCACCAUCAACCAGCAUCGAGUAG